AUGGAGGCUACCAGGAAGAGUAAUGUGACCUAUCAUUUCUUCGAUACUAAGAUCGGCCCGUUGCGUCGGAUAAAAGCUUUGAUUACUCCUGACCAUGUGGGUUUAUUCCGGGAUACUUAUGGCAACAUCUUGCCUAUGGUUGAAGACUUGGAUGCUUCUCAGAGGAGUCUGAUACAUACUUGCUUGCAGUUUUAUGAUCCUCAGUUGCGUUGCUUCACUUUUCAGGAUUUCCAGUUGGCUCCUUUAUUGGAAGAGUAUGCUAUGAUCUUGGGUGUUCCUCUACAGCAUUGUGUCCCUUUCAACUCCGACAUACCUCCUCCAGAGCAUAAGGAUAUUGCUAAGGCUCUUCAUCUGGAAGUGUUUGUUGUGAAGGAAAAUCACUCUUCUAAGGGAGGUCUAUCUGGUUUCCAUCUGGAUUUUGUGGUAGACAAGGCCGAAGAGUGUGCUGCUCAAGGCAGUUGGGACGUUGUGUGUGCUCUGUUAGCGUUAGGUGUCUAUGGUAUUAUGCUAUUCGUCGAUGAGCCGAAGUUCGUGAGUAUGAGUGCUAUUCAUAUCUUUCUGCUAAAGAACCCGGUUCCCACCCUUCUUGAUGAUUUCUAUUUUUCGGUGCACAAUAAGAAUGAGAAGAGACGCGGGAGAUUGGUCAGAUGUUGCGCUCCAUUGUUCCAUAAGUGGCUCGUGGGGCACUUGCCAAAUGACGAUGCUUUUCUGAAUCCGCAUCAAGCCAGGAAUUGGGGUAGAAGGUUGGUUGUCUUGACUGCUAAAGACAUUAGAUGGUGUAAUCAGAAUACCAAGGGUGGCGAUUUUGUGGUUAGCUGUGGGAAAUACCCUAAUGUACCAUUGUUGGGUAUGAAGGGUUGUAUCAACUAUAACCCGAUUCUUUUGAGAAGACAAUUAGGGUAUGCCUUAACUCACGCUCCUAAGGAUCAAGAUCUGGUGGAAUAUUUCUACUUCCUAGUGCAAGAUAAUCUAGAAUUGGUUAAGCAAGCUGCUGGAGCUUGGAGGAAUAUUCAGACUAAAGAUGACAGUUGGUUGCGAGAAAGAGCUCGGAUUACUCUUCUACCUUUCUCUAUGGGAGAACCAUCUGAUCCGGUUAUUAUUGAGUUUGUCAGCAUGGUUGAGUACAACAGUUUGAAGCAAGAAAAGGGAAAAGUCGAUAAGUUGAAUGCGAAGCUAAGUGAAGGCCUCAAGAAAACUUUGUGCGCUAAAAAAGAAGCUGAGAUAGAAGUUCAAAGAUUGAAUGAGCUUAAAAGACAAAGCAAUGAGAGGAUUGCUGAAGAUGCUGAUUAUAUCCGUAAAGUCCGUUCAGGUGAGGAUAUACUAAAGAAAGCUUGCAAGGCUGCUAAGGAGGAGUUAGGAAGAGCUGAAUAUAGGCUCGUUGAGCGCCAGCAAAGGUGGGAAGAAUUGUCUGAUCGCCAGAGACAGGUUGAGAUAGAAAUCAGAGCAGAAAAUGAGCGGUUGAAGAGUAGGGAGAACGAGCAGCAUGAAGCACUUCGAUUGGAUGAACAAGAGAUCGUCGAACUAAAGAUUCAAGCAGGGGUCAAGAGACCAAAAGAAUAA